AAUCGAUUUUUCGUACACAUUAAGUUUGCAACACAACACAACAAUGUCAGCUCAAAAGAAAAUUGCUGAAGCAGAGGAUUUAGUAAAACAAGCCGAGAAAAGCUUGAAGACAUCUCUCUUAAAAUGGGUACCAGAUUAUGAUAGCGCAGCUGAUGAAUACUCCAAAGCUGCUACUGCAUACCGAAUAGCAAAAUCGUACGAUAAAAGCAAGGAUUGUUUUUUAAAGGCUAUAGACAGCUAUAAAAACAACAAAUCUUGGUUCCAUGCUGCAAAAUGCUAUGAACAGAUUAUUUUGCUUUCAAAAGAUGCUGAUAAACUGACAGAAGUGGAGGAGUAUGUUAACAAAGCUUGCAGUCUGUAUCAGCAACAUGGAUCUCCUGAAGCUGCAGCAUCCGCAUUGGACAAAGCUGCAAAACUAACUGAGCAAAAGCAUCCAGAAAUGGCUCUUCGAUUCUAUCAACAUGCUGGCGAAGUGAUAAUGAUUGAGGACUCCACCCGACAAGCAGCCGAAUAUGCGUCUAAAGUAUCUAGAAUUUUAGUCAAGUUGAAACGUUACGAGGAGGCUACCCAAGCUCUGAAAAGGGAAAUUGGAUUAAAUCAGCAAACUGAAUCUUAUGGCCAAAUUGGUCGCUUGGUUGUAGCUUUGGUGUUGGUACAAUUGGGAAUUGGUGAUUCAGUGGAAGCUGAAAAAUCCUUUAAAGAAUGGGGCAAUUAUUGUGAAGCCGAAGAAGUAAUGACACUUGAAACACUUUUGCAAGCUUUUGAUGAUGAAGAUCCCGAACUAGCAGCAAAAAUGCUAGCAUCACCCUUUAUACGACACAUGGAUGUCGAAUAUGCCAUUUUAGCCAAAAACAUUCCAUUGCCACAAGGCAUUCAGCUGGAAAGCAAAUCAGGAAAUACUGGAGAUAAUGCCGUCAAAGACAACGAUGACGAAGGAUUAUGCUAAUUUAUCAAGAUAUUCCUGUUUCGUCAACACAAAUUUAUAUUACUCGUUAUUCUGCAAAAUUUUUAACUAAUAAUCAUCCAAAAAUUAAAUUGUUAUUAAACUAUUGCUUCAAAAUAAAAUAGAUCAAUUACCGAACCUAA